AUUUAUGAGCAACUAAUGCAAGCAUGUUUAAAAUUCGUAUAUUGAGACUAGUUUCAUGCUGAGCUGGCAAAUAUUCAAUUUUUGACCAAAUCAUGGCAAUUUUUUUCUUUCACUUUUUGUCAGUUUUAACUACAGUAAAAAGUUUAAAGUAAACACCAAUAAACAAAAUGUAUGAAAAAAAUCCCCCAAAACACAUGCUGGAGAAGUUUAGCUACACACUGACAAAUAAACAAAGCCCAAAGAUUUAUAUCAGGGCACCUGCAAGGCUUCAGGGCACAGUUUUAAAUCGCUCGGAACAUUUCGGCCAUGGCCGAGUAGUUACGAUUGGGUAACGAGGUCUAUCUUGAAGCUUUGUCGGAGGAGGCCGAGUUAUUACGAUUGUAUCGAGUUGUUCCCCUUCGCAUAAUUGUUUUCUGUGUCAGUCAACUUUCGUUUUAUUGGAAAGGAUUUAAAAAAGACAGCAAUGCCUCUAGAUACAUUCAUCUGUGGUACCUGCAUGGUGUCGUUUAAUGAUAUCCAUGAAUUUAUUCUUCACAAAAAUGACAAUUGUGGGAAGCCAGCUGAGGCUGCUGUCAGUGAGGAGAUGCCUGUUUCAGACCAGACUCAAGCUGAAGUUACUACAGUGGUUGACAACAUAGGACAUCUACCAGAUCUUGACAUGGUUCAGGAGAGCCCAGAGGAAGAGCAACAGGCAGUUAUCUCCGCAGCUGUCUGCCUACCAGGCUCAGAGGCCCUCCUGUCUAAUGCUGCUGAAAUAUUCCAACAGGGUGGGAAUGGCCAAACAGUGAUCAUCCUUCAGGGGGACCUGCCCUCUCUCAACAUGGAUGCUGCACACCUCCUGGAGGUCGACAGAACAUUUAACACAGAACUACUCGCUGGCAUGUACAAGAAGAGGGGUAGACCACCAGGCAGACCAAAAAAGAACAAAGAAAAGCAAGCACCUCUGGAGAAAAAACACAUACCAGAAAAAGAACCUGACAUUGGUCCAGAUGGCAAGAUGACAUGUCGUCGAUGUAAGAAAGUGUUCAGUCGUGAACGUGUUUUCAACGCCCACAGGUGUAUCGCCCUGUCCGAGUAUGUAGACUUCACCACCAAAGACGUCCCUGAUGUUGAUCCAGAUGAUAAUGAUCUACCUCAAGAUGACCUGGAAGAUGAAGGCGCCCUGGACCCAGACUACAAGGAUGCGGAGUACAAGCUUCCCUCAAGUCUCAGACUGGAUGACGAUAAAAAAAUGCUAAACAAGUUCUUUGUGCCAGUUGAGGCUGCUGAUGUGCAGGGCCAGAACGCUGCAGAAAGAGUGGAGGGUCACAAUGGUGUGUCAGAAGGACAGGUUGGUGGAGCUACAGAGGGGGGACAGGACGUUGACCCAGACGCUGCCCUGAUGGAGGCAGCCCAACAUGCAGAGGAGGGGACAGACGGGAAGGACAGGGAGGGGAAAGGCAUACCUGUGGAGGUUCUUCAAGGCCCGGACAUAGAAGAAAGUGGUAGAGAGAAGAAGGGUAAUCCCCCACAGUUCGGGAGUGAGGAAGAGAAGGCUCAGUUCGAGGCCAGCCUCAACGUUGAUCUCAGUGGCCUAGACAACAUGUUCCGUACACACGCCAUAGAGCAGGAACUCAACGAUAACGUGCAGACUUCCAGGUUCAGCCAGUCAGAGUUGACGCUAUUCUCGUGUAACCUGUGUGAUAAGGUGUUCAAGUCACUUUCCCAUAUGCGUACUCACGUUCUCACCCACACAGACCUCAAACCAUACAAGUGCUUCAAGUGUAACUACGUCUCAAACUCCAGAGGUAACCUGUAUACACACAUGAGGAAACACACGGGCCAGUUCUACCACUGCAGCCACUGCAAGUUCCACUCUGUGAACAGAAGUCAUGUACGGGAACACAUGCUCACCCACACGUCCCAGAAGCAGCCUUGUGCCCUCUGUAACCGCAUGUACAACACAGUCAAGUCCCUCAUGAGUCACAUCCGCAAGUACCAUGACAAUAACAAAGGUCGCGAGUACCUGGGAACGUUCCAACAGAGUCGGGAGCUUCGGGGGACGACAGUGAUCCACCAGUGUCACGUUUGUAACAGGAAGUUCAAGAAAAAGGCUGAUAGGGACCGCCACCUGUUUGUACAUGACAUCAAGGACAUGGCCAUCGUUCAACACUGCCAGCUGUGCAGCUAUUCCGCUUCCAGGAUCAAAUACCUCGAGAAACAUUUCCAGAAACACAGGUGUAUCUACAGGUGUUGUCGAUGUGAUGAGAUGUUCCUGAGCACUGUGCGGCUGGUGGAACACCUGACCACAACACACACAGAGACAGGUGACCCCUUCACCUGGGAGGAGCUGUUUGAGGAGAGCAUUGCUGCAAGCCUCUACUUACCCGAGCCAGAUAACAAGAUGUCGCCCGACGAGAAAGCCGUUGAUAACCUUCCAGAUGAACUCUCUGUAGCUGCUAUAGAGAGAGAGGAGCGUCUUCAGAACUCUGGAGAGAACUACUUGCCGUUCAGCGCGGCAGACCUGUACAUCAACAAGGAGCUGGAGAUACAAGGGCUGGGGGAUGAAAUACUCGGGGUAAGCGAGGGGCAGAGAGAGGAUACUCUUGCUGUUGAAGGGGUGGAAGCCAUGGACACAGUCGCUGAGGACACUGAAAUGGCUGUGGAGAACAUAGAAAACAAUGCUGAUGAUCUGGUUGAACAUCACGAUGAUCAAUCACUGAGUGAGGAAGUGAGUAACAAAGUAGAAACUAAUAAUGUAGAGGAUAAUAAUGAAGACAGUUGUGAGAAAAUGGAUACACAUGAGACAGCACUUGGAAAUCCUUCAUCUAUAGACGUGAUUAAGGCUGAUGAUCCCUCUGCUAUUCAAGAUGAAAAUUCUGUUGAAAUUGAUAAGGAAGAGCAAGAUAACUCGGCAGUUGUGGAGGAGACAAAUCUCACGGAGGAAGACUUGCUGGGGGAUACGAAUUCUCUAGCAAAGCCCCGGGCCAGUGCCAAGAGGCUUAUAGACAAACUUGGAUACAAGACGAUGACUCUGAGGAUAUUUCAGAAGAUGCGGGACACAUUUGGCUCAGAAGAAUGUGAAUACUGUGGACGGUUGUUUUUCAGUCGUAUGGACUAUGAGACUCAUGUGAGAACACACACAGGUGACAAGCCAUUUGUGUGUACCAAGUGUGGUUUCCGCUCGAUCACAAAGGACAACCUGCGUCGUCACGUGGAGAAGGAGCAUGAGAACAUUACAUACCCGUGCCGUGACUGCGCGUACGUUGCAUACACACGCACACAGCUCUGGAACCAUGCCAUGAAACAUCGUGGGCUCAAGGGUCUUGAGUGCCCUUCUUGCAGGGAACAGUUUGAAACAAUGACAGAGCUGAAGGAGCAUGCAGACCAGAUUCAUCCGAACGCCAAUAUCGAGGAGCUCGACAAACUUCUCUCCAGCAGGCACAAGAUACAGGGCAAAAUAGGUCGGCGCACAUACAAGUGUCCACACUGUGACAAGGUGUUCCUGCGGGCCAGCUCGGAGCUCCAGAAGCACAUGUGGAUUCACGAGGGCAUCAAACCAUUCAAGUGUCCCCUCUGUCCCUAUGCCUGUAGGAGCAAAAACAACCUACAGGCUCACAUGUUACGUCACUCAAAGGACAAGCCAUUCCAGUGCGGAGAUUGUGGGAAGGCCUACAAGUCCAAGACUGCCUUACGUUGGCACGUUCGAUCCCACACAGGGGGCAAAGCAUUCAAAUGUGACAGGUGCCCAUAUGAGGCUGUGCAGGCAAGCCAUCUGAAGCGACACAUGGAGACCCACGAUGUGAUCAAGAAGUUUGUGUGUGGGGAAUGUCAGUUCUCUGCCAAUACUCUGGGCUUCCUCAAGGUCCACUAUGCAAGAUUUCACAAGCACAUAGACACUAGUAACUUGCCAACCGUUGCCAUGGCGCCUGUGCAGCCGCCUGGAAGCGAGGUGAAUGCCUUCAAGUGCCUCAGCUGUGACUACCUCUUCGGCAAUCUGUCCGACCUCAAACGUCACCUAAAGACACGACACCACUUCAACCCCAAGGAGCUUGCUAAUAUCAUCAGUGAUGAGCAGGAGAAUAAUGGAAUUCAGGAGGUACUGUUUGUGAUGGAGGACAAGACUGAUUCCAGCCAGCAGCCUGUUGCCAUGGAGAUCAUUACUGACCCCGCUCUUGACAUAGAGGGAUCAACAGUAGAGGUACGUCAGUCAUCCGUGGCAACCCUGUUGAAUGUUCUAAUGGAUGGCCAACCAGGGGACCCCAACGCAGUGUCCCCGACAUCGCUCGGCACAGUCAGUCAAGAGAACAUUAUUGUGGAAAAUGAAGGUCAGCCAGUGUUUGUGAGUUCAGACGGGAUCACGGGAACCACAGAGAUUGAUGGGAACCAGUAUGUGAUCUGCAUACCUCAGGAAGGGGUGGAUGGUAUUGGUAUGAUCGAGGUUCAGGGCGAGGAAGUGGAGACAGAGUCUGUUCCAGCCAUUGAAAUGCCUCCUGUAUUGUCGUAAACAUGACUCGACUCAUACUCAAAGUUGGCUUAAACUCGUCAAGUGUACUUUUGCAACAGCUGCAUUUGCCUGACCUUGGAAGUACACUCUGACUUCCAUGAACAAGUUAUUGUCUCAUUUAUGCUGCUGACUGCUGAGUCCUAUGCAAAACAUGACUAGCUGUACACAACAUAUGUCACAGAAUGUAGAAAUACCCCCAAGUAAAGUUGUAUCAGGAAGCAGAUCAUUAUCUCAAAUAUACCUCAUAAAAAUUGGUGAAUGUGUUCGUGCUGGUGAGUCGAAUGUGAGCAGAGAUAUGCUAACAAAAGUGACAUAUAAGAAGACUUCAUACAGAAUAGAAAUAAUAUUGUCACAAUUUGGAUUUUUGAAAUCUAGUACAGAAAAAAUAGGAAUGACCUGGUUAGCCUAUGUAACAAACGCAGAUUGUGAAUAUUCCCAGGAAGUCCAGUGAUUACUUACUGAUAAGCCAGCGUGUCAUUGUUCAGUAUCUUUCCUUGUACACAUGAUUGAAAAAAGAACUGAACUGUACUUGUGUGUUUUCAUUAUCUAGGUAAAUAGAUAAUUAACAUAUACAUUUUAUGUGUAUGUAGGCAUUUAAACAGCGGCAGUGUUUAGCAUUAUACCAUUUAUUUAUAUUGAAUGUCAGUCUAUUUAUUUUGCACAAUCAAAUGAAUUAUAUUGAUCCAUGUUCCUUGUUGACUAUUUUUGAAUAAAUUUAUUGAAAUAAG